AUGUCCAAGAAGCUCAGUUUGACCAUUCUUAAAAUCGAUCAGGCGAUAUUAGAAUCAACAGCUGAAUUCGAAGAUGCUAGUGAGAUAACUGUGGGCCCUGUAAACUCCUUCUACAUCGGUAACAAAAAGGACUAUCGAAAGGCGGCCGCAAUUCACCCACUUGCAACUUUACUGAUCUACUGUGGUUGA